GACGUCUUAUGCUGGAUUCAUUGUUUAAGUUUAUCUUUGGUCAAAGAUGCAGCAACAAUGUGUUUUUAUGAAACUUGGUCGCCUUGGUUACCUCCAAGCUCUAGAGAUACAGAACAGGUUGUCAAAGUUACGUCUGGACCACAUGGCUGGGGAACCUGUCCAGCAGAACCCUGUCAACACCCUGCUUUUAUUAGAACACAAUCCAGUGUACACCAUCGGCAUGAGAACCAAAGACUACACUCUCAGGGAUGAGGACCACUUGAAGGCAUUGGGUGCUGAAUUUGUGAAGACAAAUCGUGGAGGUUUGAUAACUUUUCACGGCCCAGGUCAACUGGUGGUUUAUCCUGUGAUUUACUUGAAGGAUUUCAAACUAAGCAUGAGGGAGUACAUAAGAAAGCUGGAAGAUACUGUGAUUGACAUGUGUGCUGUGGCAUAUGGCAUAGAGGCAAACACAACCAAAGACACCGGCAUUUGGGUGGGUGAGAAAAAGCUCUGUGCCAUUGGAGUCCAUGGUGCUCGAUAUGUAACCACUCACGGCCUAGCUCUCAACUGUAACACUGAUUUGGAUUGGUUUAAGCAUAUCGUACCCUGUGGUAUUGUGGAUAAAGGUGUGACCUCGUUAUCACAACUGAUGAGUAGAAAUGUUACAGUGGAAGAGGCAAUACCACCAUUUCUUCAAUCUUUUGCUAAAAAUUUUCAGUGCGAGCUCAAAGAAAUGAUAUUUACUUCAGAGCAGUGACAUUUUUAAUUUUCUCAUCUUGAUAGUAUGGUCUUGAAUGGACUCUGACUUUUUGGAAUAUAUCUGUAUUGAAAUAUUUAAUUUGAAGUACGUACAGGGUGAAGAAUGAAAUAAAGAUGUUG